AUGCUCAAUGGAGAGAUCUCCCAACUAUUCAGUCAAACUGAUGUUAUUUUAUCGCUGAACAGGGAUAAUAUUGAGGAGUUAAAGUCAGUGAAUCAUCAGAUUUCAACCAAGCUUCAAACUAUGGAUACUACUUUGAAUGAGUUAUUGGUGGAAUUGAUGGACAGUUUGACCAGAAUGAGACACUCCAGUUCUAUUAAUCGGUUUGGUCAGUUUGAAACUGUUCCUUAUAAGCCUGAAAGGGCAGGAGAUUUGAUUAAUCAGAUGAACGGGUAUUUGAAUUCGAUAGAUAUCGAUAAUGAAAGACGUCGACAGUUUAGAAAUAUUUUGAAUGCCACAAAGGCUUUGGAUGGAUUGGUAGAUAAGGGAUUGAACGAGUUUGUUUCCAGUUUAGAGAGUUGUAUAGGAUCUUUUGGUAAUUAA